UUUACUUUUGUUUUUGUUGUUGCGGUGUUAUUGUUAUUGUUAUGAUGUUAUGAUAUUAUUUAUUCUCAACGAAUUGUGUACGUGCAGUUCUUCUGUCUACUGACUAUCUAACGUUCAUGAAGUUGGACGCCGCCGAUACCAUGGCUUAUGGCUGAUACAUCGCUUUAGAAUAAUUUCGCCUCUGUCUGUGCUUUGCCGCCGCUUUGUAUGAAUUCAUCAUCGAGUCCUACGUGAAAAUCUCGUAUUUCUAAGUGAGUAAUGGCUCUCGUUCAAGCAUACAGCUAACUGCUCCUAAUGACAAGUGUUUGGUUGGGAAACAAGCCGAAAUCCCUGUGCCUCGAUUACUCCAUGUUCGUGAAUUCGAUCAAUGCAGUCGUGCUCUGAUUCGCCCAAAGAGAAGAAAACAGUAGUUGCAGACUUCUACAUCGCGAAAGAUCACUCACGGGUCACAAGGUCACAAUGAUGAACGCAUCAAAUAACACAUAUGAGACGAUUGCAGUAAAUGAGGUACUCGGGGAUCGUUUCGUAUUCUAUGCGACGCUUCCAACCCUACAAGAGAUGGCAUCUUAUCGAGCGGCUCUUGCAAUAUGGUAUAGCUACAUUGCUCGAUCAAAUUACAACGAAUUCAAAAAGAAGUCAAAUGACGAGUUGAUUGACAGUCUAGGUAUUAAAGAUAAGUAUUGGGAGGAAUGUAAUAAAAUUGUUGAAUCUUUUAAAAUGCCCCAAACAAUCGAGGAAGUGCUUAAGAACUUCGUAGAGUUGGUUUAUGGUGAAAUGAGAUCGUGGAUAAGACAUUUCAAGUACGAAAUGUUUUCCUACAAUUUGAAAUCUCAUACGAUUCAGCAAUUUGAUGCGAAUUGUUGUGUCUGGUUUCCUAAUGGUAAAAUCAAUUACGGUAAAACUGGUCCGAAAAUGUUGGCUACUCCGGGGUUGACAGAUGUGCAGAAAUUCGCCAUCAUGUCCGAGUUCUGUAUGGAGGAUGAAAUACGUAAAUUUCCCCUGCGUACGCUUCCCAAAUCAUUUAUUAAACAGGUGACUCUCGAACGAGACUACUUAGUGUAUUAUUGGAUGUGCUACUCGAAAAACGAAUUGCGUAAAAUACCGUUGAAUAAUUUCAGCUCGGUCGACGUUGUAAUGGCUGUAAUGUGUGAAACCACACAUUGGACUGCUUUCGAGUACUUCUGGAAUCGUUUGGGUACUGAGGAUCAAGUAACUGUGGCCGUAGAUAGAUUCAAUGAUCACAGUGCAUGUCUUAAUCAAGCAGAAACGCUUUCAAUGAUGUCCUGUCAGCAACAACAGCGUGUCUUAUCCCUCAUACCCGAUCAGAUAUUGCUAAAUUUUUGGAUUCGUUUAGAUUUACCCGAGUCAGCAAUGUGGACUUGGAAACAUUGUAAACAUCUAAUGCCAGUUGAAAAAUUUGCUAGAGUUGUGAAUGAAAUAUUUUAUCGUAAGGUGCCUUUUGAAGAAGAAAUGCGUUUGUUGAUAGAAAUGUGGGAAACAGCCUCUGAUAAGCAAAGAAAUCACGUUAUUCAGACCAUGGAAGAUGAAAUAAUUCGACCGUUUUUUUUCAUGUGUAAUCAUUCUUUGGCUGCCUUCGAAUUCUUGUAUAUUUUUCUAUCGAUGAAAAACGAAGAUUUUAGAAAGGAUGCGAUUUUGAGGAAUGCCAGCGAAUUCGGAUCAAAUAUUGUUGAUCCAAAUUCAAUGAACAAGAUAAUCAACUUAUGUUUGCCUGAUCCCGAUGAUCAGCGUGUGUAUAGACAGACUAUAAUGGAGUCGCAUGAAAUGAUGUUUCGAGGCGAAUUAUUAUUCAAUGAUUCGAACCUUGAAAGUUUGAAACUCAGGAUACAGUUUUAUUCUCUUGAUGAGAACAUGGCCAAAGAUUAUCUGAAGCGACUGCUUGAGUCGAAUAAAAUUAGAAAGCCGAUGUAUAUUACCGACUUCGAAAAAUGGACAAAAUUCAACGAUUUUAUCGACGAUAUUUACCUAAACGAUGCUCCGUCAGCGUUGAAUUUAAAGAAAGUAUUCAUCAUGUCAUACGCUUCCGACUGUCUUAAUGAUUGGAAUGACGACAAUAGUUUGAACGGAAUGGACAAAGUGCUCGGAACAGUGUUUACGACGAAUGAGUUGGAAGCUAUAAAGCAAAAAUUUUUAAAUUCUUUUCGAAAAGGCCUUAUUGAUAUAGAUUAUUGGCCUUGGUUCGAGGAAAAGUAUUUCAAUAAGUUUGUUUCAUGGUGUGUUGGUAAUGAACGAGGUGUGGAAGAGUUCAAAAAGACUAUUUCCGUUGAUGCUAUUUUUAACGAAUAUUUCAACAGGUUUGGCGAUUGGUAUAGCGAUGGUGGCGAUUUUGAUAGAUCAUUGCUUCCCGAUUUGGAUAAGUGUUUGAAAUGGUAUUUUAUGGGUGUUGAAGGAGCGAAAGAGUACAAAUUGCGUAGAUUAGAUGCAUUUGAAAAUAUAGAUAUUUUUCAAAAUAUUUUAAAGGAAAAAGAUGAGUCAACUUUGGAUGUGCUUUUGAAGUGGUUUUCUGAUGGUGAUGAAGAAAGUAUUAAAAAAUUCAAAGCAAAAAAGAUCAGAUUUACUCGUAGGACAUAAUGAUCCGAGUCUAGUUUGAAUAGUUGUUACAAAUCGAACUUUGAAUAGUCGAUAUCACACCUUAAGAAUCAGAUAUUUCAGUUUAUGAAUGAGCACUUCCGUUCUUACGAAAUUAUUCUUCAGUCUAGUAGAACGCAGUCACAUUUUCUUUGCAGAGCUCACUUUUUAAAUGUCCUUGAACGAUAUUCUUGAAGAACUUUGAGAUUCUUUUUACUAUCUAUCAAAACUUUUCGAUUUUCCCAAUCUGCAACUUUUCAACCCUUGUCUGUCACCUCAUUACCUAUUGGUGUCUGAUAUUUGCAUCAGAGGAGUACAAAAACUCCAAACAUUUUUCUUGGAAGGGCGUGCCAUUAUUCAUGUAAUAUGUAUUUUGAAAGUCAAGUAGGGUAAAAUUGUCGACUACGGUUUAAAAAAAAAGAUUCUACUUUGAGUGUUUUUUGCGAAGAAAUCUGUGUCAGCCUCCACAAUUUUCACUUGCAUUGUGUUAUUACUGCAAUACUCGACAAAAAAAUAGAAAAAAAACGUUGAUUCACCUGGAAGCAUAAAUUUUUAGUGGAAGAUCUGUCUUCUGGGAAGAGAAAAAUUUGUCCUUGAGGGACGAUUGCCCCCCUCUCAGAAUUGUAGAAAAAAGCCAACGAAAAACAAUGUAAUUGUCUUAUUUUCACCCUGUGGACAUCAUUUCAAACUUACAAUUUACAAAAUGUAGGUAGUCCACAACCGUCCUCUUGCUGUGCUGAUGGCUGUAGGCAGUUCAAAAAAAACCUUUUUGUACUUACCAGAUAGUCAGUGAUCCAUAAUUCAGUGCGCAGGUUGGUGAAUAAGCGUUGAACCGAAACUCUUAAUAGAAUUUGGCCAUUUGUUGUUUGUUGUAGAUUGCGAUCGACAUUGUCGCUAAAAGUACUGGUUGGAAAAUCAUAUUUCUUUAGACAAUGGACGGGUAUUCUGAAUUGCACCUGCAACGUUGCAAAUGUCGAUUGAAAAUUUUUUAAACAAAGAAAUUAUGAAGAAAGUGUCUGAUAUUUUAAUAAAAGUUGAUGAAAUCUGAAAGAAGAAAAUCUCGAAGUAUUGAAUAAAAAUAUGUGGGGGUAACAUGAAUGAAAGAAUCUUUCUAUGAAAAAAAUAUAUGUAUCAUGUCCGAGAGAAAAUUACAGAAUAUCAUUGACAAUAACAGUGUUGUAACCGUUAUAACCUUAUGAAAACUAAUAAAAAAGUUUUUGUUAUAAGUAUUUGAACAGAAGGUAACAAAAGAGAAAUUAUUUUGCUACUUGUAAUGUAAGAUAAUGAAAUAAGAUGAUAAACAAAUAAACCAAUAUUUAUAAUUUUGA